AUUCUCUUUUGGACGUAGCUGAGGCAUCCGUGGACAACAACAGAUCUGUGCAACUCAAGAGGGAGAAACUGAAUCCCAUCUAAAGUGCCAUCAUGAGCACAGACGCAGAGAUGCAGUGCUAUGGACCGGCGGCCAUCUACCUCCGGAAACCCGAGAGGGAGAGGAUUGAGGCUCAAACUCUUCCGUUUGAUGCCAAAACAGCCGUCUUUGUGGUGGAUGCUGCUGAGAUGUACCUCAAGGGUAAACUUGUGAAGAAAGAGGGGGGCAAAGCCACAGUUGAAACGGAUACUGGGAAGACUCUCACUGUAAAAGAGGACGACAUCCAUCCCAGGAAUCCUCCAAAGUUCGACAAGAUUGAGGACAUGGUCAUGAUGACCCACCUCAACGAGCCUUGCGUGUUGUAUAACCUCAAAGAGCGUUAUGCAUCAUGGAUGAUCUAUACCUACUCUGGUCUGUUCUGUGUUGUCGUGAACCCCUACAAGUGGCUUCCCGUUUACGAUUCCAUAGUUGUGGAAGGAUACAGAGGCAAGAAGAGGAUUGAGGCACCACCUCACAUCUUCUCCAUCUCUGACAAUGCCUAUCAGUUCAUGCUCACAGAUCGUGAGAACCAGUCUGUCCUGAUUACUGGAGAAUCCGGUGCUGGAAAGACUGUCAACACCAAACGUGUCAUCCAGUACUUUGCAACAAUUGCUGCUCUUGGAGCUAAGAAGACUGAGCCAGUAGCAGCUAGCAAGAUACAGGGAUCCCUUGAGGACCAAAUCAUUGCGGCUAACCCUCUGCUUGAGAGCUAUGGUAAUGCCAAGACUGUGAGGAAUGACAACUCCUCACGUUUCGGUAAAUUCAUCAGAAUCCACUUCGGGACAUCUGGCAAGCUAUCCUCAGCUGAUAUUGAAACAUAUCUGCUGGAGAAGUCCCGUGUAACCUUCCAGUUGUCGGCUGAGAGGAGCUACCAUAUCUUCUAUCAGCUGAUGACAGGCCACCAGCCUGACUUGAUAGACGCUCUUCUGAUAACCACCAACCCCUAUGACUACCACAUGAUCAGUCAGGGGGAAAUCACUGUCAAAAGCAUCAAUGAUGUAGAGGAGUUCAUUGCAACAGAUACUGCUAUUGACAUCUUGGGCUUCACCAGUGAUGAGAAAAUCGGCAUAUACAAGCUGACUGGUGCUGUGAUGCAUCAUGGCAACAUGAAAUUCAAGCAGAAGCAGCGUGAGGAGCAGGCUGAACCUGAUGGCAAUGAGGUGGCUGAUAAAAUCGCUUACCUUUUGGGCUUGAACUCAGCUGACAUGCUGAAAUGUCUGUGCUAUCCAAGAGUCAAGGUCGGAAAUGAGAUGGUGACCAAAGGUCAAACCGUUCCACAGGUCGGCAAUUCCGUCUCAGCUCUGUGCAAGUCUAUCUAUGAGAAAAUGUUCUUGUGGAUGGUCAUCCGUAUCAAUGAGAUGCUCGACACAAAGCAAGCAAGACAAUACUACAUUGGUGUGCUGGAUAUCGCUGGAUUUGAGAUCUUUGAUUACAACAGCUUGGAGCAGCUUUGCAUCAACUUCACCAAUGAGAAACUGCAACAGUUCUUCAACCACCACAUGUUUGUUCUGGAGCAAGAGGAGUACAAGAAAGAAGGCAUUGAAUGGGAGUUCAUUGACUUUGGUAUGGACUUGGCGGCCUGCAUUGAGCUUAUUGAGAAGCCAAUGGGCAUCUUCUCCAUCCUUGAAGAGGAGUGCAUGUUCCCUAAGGCCUCUGACACAACUUUCAAGAACAAGCUGCAUGAACAGCACCUUGGCAAGACCAAGGCCUUUGACAAGCCAAAACCUGGAAAGGGCAAGGCUGAGGCUCACUUCUCACUGAUUCACUAUGCUGGUACAGUGGACUACAGCAUCACUGGCUGGCUGGAAAAGAACAAGGACCCACUGAACGACUCAGUUGUUCAGCUGUACCAGAAAGCUUCAAACAAACUGCUUUCUCUUCUGUAUGCUGCUCAUCCUGGGGCUGACGAGGCUGCUGCUGGCAAGAAGGGUGCUAAGAAGAAGGGUGGCUCCUUCCAGACUGUGUCUUGUGUAUUCAGAGAGAACUUGGGCAAGCUGAUGACCAACUUGAGGAGCACUCAUCCUCACUUUGUACGUUGCCUAAUUCCAAAUGAGACAAAGACCCCAGGUCUGAUGGAGAACUUCUUGGUCAUCCACCAGCUGAGAUGUAACGGUGUGCUGGAGGGCAUCAGAAUCUGCAGGAAGGGCUUCCCCAGCAGAAUCCUCUACGGUGACUUCAAGCAGAGAUACAAAGUACUGAAUGCCAGCGUCAUCCCUGAGGGACAGUUCAUUGACAACAAGAAGUGUGCAGAGAAGCUGAUGGGCUCCAUUGAUGUGGACCACACCCAGUACAAGUUUGGGCACACAAAGGUGUUCUUCAAAGCUGGUCUGCUGGGUGACCUGGAGGAAAUGAGAGAUGAGAAACUGACUUUGCUGGUGACCAUGACUCAGGCCCUCGCCAGAGGAUUUGUCAUGAGGAAGGCGUUUGUUAAGAUGAUGGAGAGGAGGGAAUCUAUUUAUUCAAUUCAAUACAACAUUCGUUCAUUCAUGAAUGUGAAGAAUUGGCCUUGGAUGAAUCUGUACUUCAAGAUCAAGCCUCUUCUGAAGAGUGCUGAGACUGAGAAGGAACUGACUCAGAUGAAGGAGAACUAUGAGAAGAUGAAGACAGACCUGGCUACUGCCUUGGCCAAGAAGAAGGAACUGGAAGAGAAGAUGGUUUCCCUGCUGCAGGAGAAGAAUGACCUGCAACUGCAAGUGGCUUCGGAAGGGGAUAAUCUCACAGAUGCUGAGGAAAGGUGUGAAGGGCUCAUUAAGAGCAAAAUCCAGCUUGAGGCCAAACUCAAGGAGACAUCUGAGAGACUAGAGGAUGAAGAGGAAAUGAAUGCUGAGCUGACUGCUAAGAAGAGGAAGCUGGAGGAUGAAUGCUCUGAGCUGAAGAAGGACAUUGAUGACCUGGAGCUCACCUUGGCUAAAGUGGAGAAGGAGAAACAUGCCACAGAAAACAAGGUGAAAAACUUAACAGAGGAAAUGUCAUCCCAAGAUGAGUCCAUUGCCAAGUUGACCAAGGAAAAGAAGGCCCUCCAAGAGAGCCACCAGCAAACACUGGACGAUCUCCAGGCAGAGGAAGACAAAGUCAACACUCUGACCAAGGCCAAGACAAAGCUGGAACAGCAAGUGGAUGAUCUUGAGGGAUCACUGGAGCAAGAAAAGAAGCUCCGCAUGGACCUUGAGAGAGCCAAGAGGAAGCUUGAGGGGGACCUGAAACUGUCCCAGGAAUCCGUCAUGGAUCUGGAGAAUGACAAGCAGCAGUCUGAUGAGAAAAUCAAGAAGAAGGACUUUGAGAUCAGUCAGCUUCUUAGCAAGAUUGAGGAUGAACAGUCCGUUGGUGCUCAGCUUCAGAAGAAGAUCAAGGAACUUCAGGCUCGCAUUGAGGAGCUGGAGGAGGAGAUUGAGGCUGAGAGGGCUGCUAGGGCCAAGGUUGAGAAACAGAGAGCUGACCUCUCCAGGGAGCUUGAGGAAAUCAGCGAGAGGCUUGAGGAAGCUGGUGGAGCAACAGCCUCUCAGAUUGAGAUGAACAAGAAGCGUGAGGCUGAGUUCCAGAAGCUGCGUCGCGACCUAGAGGAGUCAACCCUGCAGCAUGAAGCUACCGCAUCAUCUCUUCGAAAGAAGCAGGCUGACAGUGUUGCAGAGUUGGGUGAGCAGAUUGACAACCUCCAGCGUGUUAAGCAGAAGCUGGAGAAGGAAAAGAGCGAGUACAAGAUGGAGAUUGAUGAUCUUUCCAGCAACAUGGAGGCAGUUGCCAAAGCAAAGGGCAACUUGGAGAAAAUGUGCAGAACUCUUGAGGACCAGCUGGGUGAGCUCAAAGCUAAAAGUGAUGAGAAUAUUCGUCAGCUGAAUGACAAUAAUGCACAGAGGGCAAGACUGCUGACAGAGAAUGGUGAGUUCUCUCGCCAGCUUGAGGAGAAAGAAGCUCUUGUUUCCCAGCUGACCAGAGGCAAACAGGCUUACACUCAGCAGGUUGAGGAGCUUAAGAGACACAUUGAGGAGGAAGUGAAGGCCAAGAACUCCCUGGCCCACGCUGUGCAGUCAUCCCGUCAUGACUGUGAUCUGCUCAGAGAGCAGUUUGAGGAGGAGCAGGAGGCCAAGGCUGAGCUCCAGAGAGGCAUGUCCAAGGCCAACAGUGAGGUGGCUCAGUGGAGAAGCAAAUAUGAGACUGAUGCUAUCCAGCGGACUGAGGAACUGGAGGAGUCCAAGAAAAAGCUUGCCCAGCGCCUGCAGGAGGCUGAGGAGUCCAUCGAGGCUGUGAACUCCAAGUGUGCCUCAUUGGAGAAGACCAAGCAAAGGCUGCAGGCUGAGGUGGAGGACCUCAUGAUUGAUGUGGAGAGAGCUAAUUCUCUGGCCGCCAACCUUGACAAGAAGCAGAGGAACUUUGACAAGGUCCUGUCAGAAUGGAAACAGAAGUAUGAAGAGGGCCAGUCUGAGCUGGAAGGAUCCCUGAAGGAGGCUCGCUCCCUCAGCACUGAACUGUUCAAGAUGAAGAACUCUUAUGAGGAGUCUCUGGAUCAGUUGGAGACAUUGAAGAGAGAGAACAAGAACCUUCAGCAGGAGAUCUCAGACCUGACUGAACAGCUUGGUGAGACUGGAAAGAGCAUCCAUGAGCUGGAGAAAUCCAAGAAGACUGUGGAAACUGAAAAGUCUGAGAUUCAGACAGCGCUGGAGGAAGCUGAGGGCACACUGGAGCACGAGGAGUCCAAGAUUCUCCGUAUCCAGCUUGAGCUCAACCAGAUCAAAGGUGAGGUUGACAGGAAGCUUGCAGAGAAGGAUGAGGAGAUGGAGCAGAUCAAGAGGAACAGCCAGAGGGUGAUGGACUCCAUGCAGACCACUCUUGAUUCUGAGGUCAGGAGCAGGAACGAUGCUCUGAGAAUCAAGAAGAAGAUGGAGGGAGACCUGAAUGAGAUGGAGGUUCAGCUGAGCCACGCCAACAGGCAAGCUGCUGAGGCCCAGAAACAACUGAGGAAUGUCCAGGGACAGCUCAAGGAUGCCCAAUUGCACCUUGACGACGCUCUCAGAGGACAGGAGGACAUGAAGGAGCAGGUUGCCAUGGUGGAGCGCAGAAAUGGUCUGAUGCUGGCUGAGAUUGAGGAGCUGAGAGCCGCUCUGGAGCAGACAGAGAGAGGACGCAAAGUGGCUGAGCAGGAGCUGGUUGAUGCUAGUGAGCGUGUUGGCCUGCUUCACUCUCAGAACACCAGUCUGCUAAAUACCAAGAAGAAGCUGGAGUCUGACCUUGUCCAGGUUCAGGGUGAAGUGGAUGACACUGUUCAGGAAGCAAGGAAUGCUGAAGAGAAAGCCAAAAAGGCUAUCACUGAUGCUGCCAUGAUGGCUGAGGAGCUGAAGAAGGAGCAGGACACUAGUGCUCAUCUGGAGAGGAUGAAGAAGAACCUGGAGGUCGCAGUCAAGGACCUGCAGCACCGUCUGGAUGAGGCUGAGAACCUCGCCAUGAAGGGUGGCAAGAAGCAGCUCCAGAAACUGGAGUCCAGGGUGCGAGAGCUGGAAAGUGAAGUGGAGGCAGAGCAGAGACGUGGAGCUGAUGCUGUUAAAGGAGUCCGCAAAUAUGAGAGGAGAGUGAAGGAGCUCACCUACCAGACUGAGGAGGACAAGAAGAACGUGAGCAGGCUUCAGGAUCUCGUUGACAAGCUGCAGCUCAAAGUCAAGGCUUACAAGAGACAGGCUGAGGAGGCUGAGGAGCAGGCCAACACCCAUAUGUCCAGGUGCAGGAAGGUUCAGAAUGAGAUGGAAGAGGCUCAGGAGCGCGCUGACAUUGCUGAGUCUCAGGUCAACAAGAUGAGAGUCAAGAGUCGUGAUAGCGGAAAGUCUGACAGUGCAGAGUAAGAAACAACAUCCCAUUGGAACCAUUUGACAGACUUCAUACAAUAUGAACUUUCUGUUGAAAUGUUAUUGAUUUAAUUUAAUAAACUGAUUCCAGAAAUAUUCA